AUGCUUCCUGGCUCUCCGAGCUUAGAUGACUUCAACAUUGUGAAGGUCAUCGGCAAGGGCUCCCAUGGCAAGGUGGUGCUUGUGCGGCACAAGGCCGAAGGAGACCAUGUCUAUGCAAUGAAGGAGAACGUGACAAAGCGUAACCAGGUAGAGCACACGACGACGGAAGGAAAAAAUGUCUUAGAGGCAGGGCUGUACUUGAUUCUGGAGUACUGCCCUGGUGGACAGCUUUUAUUCCACCUCAGCCGAGCAGGGCGCUUCUCAGAAGGCCGUUGCAGGUUCUAUGCGUCUGAAAUUCUGCUGGCGAUUGAAUAUUUGCACAGGCUGAACCUCAUUUUUCGCGACCUGAAGCCCGAGAACAUUUUGCUAGACGCUGAAGGCCAUGUGAAACUCACGGACACUGGCCUCAGCAAGGUAAUUGAACGACUGGAGCCGCGAUGCCAAGGUACCCCUGAGUACCUAGCACCGGAAAUUCUAGCCUUUGACAAGCGGGGCCACAGCAAGGCUGUCGAUUGGUACGCCUUGGGUGCACUGAUGUACGAGAUGCUCACCGGGCUGCCUCCGUUCUACACGCAAGACAGGGAUAAGCUCUUUGAGGUCGGAAGUCAGGGACGAGUCAGCGGUGAGUCGAGAGUUGAUGAGAGUUGCACGUGCGAUUUUCAUGGGCCAGGCCAUCCGGCGGGGCGACCUGAAGUUUCCGUCCUGCGUCACGUCCAUUGCCGGGGUCUUUCUCUGCAAGACGAUCAGGACAAGGUCUAG